ACUCCGUCGCUACCCAAAAUAGGUUUCUAGAGGUAGUUCUUCCCCUAUUGGGUGAAAGAGUCAGCCCAGUUAGAUAUCAUAGAUGAAAUUCGGUAUAUAUAUCUGGUGACUUCUGCUUGUGUACCGGCCAACACAGAUUAGAGGGUCGUGUUUUGUUAUAAAUUAAUUCAAUAUGACUGUUUUAAAUUUUGUACAACUUUUUGACUGGAUUGACAUUAAGAGCAUAUUAAUGUUCUCGGCUGUUUUCCUUUUGCUCGCUGACUAUUUAAGAAACAAACCUCCAAAGAACUUUCCUCCCGGACCACGGUCACUGCCUUUUAUAGGGGACCUUCACCGUAUCGAUCCAAGAAAGGUUCACAUUCAGCUCACAAAGUUUGCUGAAGAAUAUGGCAAUGUUUUCAGUGUUCGAUUUUUUGGACCAAGGAUAGUUGUCUUGAAUGGAUACAAGUUGGUGAAGGAGGUAUAUAUUCAACAAGGAGAAGUCUUAGUUGAUCGUCCAUCUUUGCCCCUAUUUGCUGACAUUGUGAACAACAGAGGUAUUAUUUUUUCUAAUGGAUAUCAGUGGAAACAGCAGAGAAGAUUUGCACUGAUGACACUGAGAAAUUUUGGACUGGGUAAGAAGAGCCUAGAGACAUCUAUUCAGCAGGAAGCCAAUAUUCUCAAGGAGGCCUUUUCAAAUGAGCAAGGGCGAGUAUUUAAUCCUUGGAUGCAGAUCAACAAUGCUGUCUCCAAUGUGAUCUGUGUUCUGGUGUUUGGUGAUCGGUUUGAGUACAGUGACAGUAAUUUCCAGGCCCUACUGAAGAUGAUGAGUGAUACUGUGGAACUGCAGGGUAGCAUUUGGGCACAGAUCUAUAAUAUGUUUCCGUGGAUAAUGCGCAGAGUGCCAGGCCCACACAGGAAACUAUUUGCACAUUGGAACAAAUUGAUUGACUUUGUCAAGACUAAAAUCAAAGAGCAUCACAUUGACCUUGACCCCUCAUCCCCACGAGAUUACAUCGACUGCUUCCUGGGGGAGAUGGAAAAGUGGAAAGAAGAUGAAGCAGCAGGAUUCAACAUUGAGAACUUGUGCUUCUGCACACUGGAUCUGUUUACAGCAGGGACUGAGACCACCUCUACCACCCUGUACUGGGGUCUCCUUUAUAUGAUCAAAUACCCAGAAAUACAAGCAAAGGUACAGGCAGAGAUAGACCGUGUGGUAGGGUCGUCACGACAACCAUCAGUGGCAGACAGAGAGAACCUGCCCUACACUGAUGCUGUCAUUCAUGAGAUACAGAGGUUUGGAAAUAUUGUCCCGCUGAAUGUAGGCCGAAGUACCACAAAAGAUACUUACAUCGGGGGUUACAAUAUUCCUAAGGGUACACUGUUGACUGGGAAUCUCACAUCAGUUUUGUUUGAUGAGACGGAGUGGGAGACACCACACACUUUCAACCCAGGUCACUUCCUGGAUGCCGAGGGUAACUUCCGGAGGAGGGAUGCCUUCCUGCCAUUUUCAACUGGAAAGAGAGUGUGUCUAGGGGAGCAGCUGGCUCGUAUGGAGCUCUUCCUGUUUUUCACCUCCCUGCUUCAACACUUCACAUUCUCUGCUCCUCCUGGUGUCGAGCCCACACUGGACUACAAAAUAGGAGUCACACUCGGCCCCAAGCCCUAUAAUCUCUGUGCUGUUCCUCGUUGAGGCAUACAUGCACACACACACACACUUGAAUAUCUAGUAUUACACACAGGCCCUUACAUCAAAAUUUCUUUGAAUAUUAUUUUAACAUUAUGGUUCUCUUAACACAAUUAAAAAGUAAUUUUGGUACAGUGGUUAUAGGGCACUUACAAGAGCAUGGAAAAACUUAAGUUACAGUAAAUAUUCUUAAAACAUUUAGCAGUAUCAGUAUAGUCCCAACCAAGUAUUUUAGCUUGAAAUAGAGGCAAUGUUAUGAUAACAGACCACUAAUUAACAUGAUUGUUAUAACGUGCAUAAACCAAUCACUUAAAUAUUUUAGUCAGUCACUGUCUCUAGUGUCACAAUUAUUGUAACUGAAUGGUUUUAUUAAAAUAUUUUUAGAGAAAGACACCUUGAAUUUUUACCAUUUUCACAUCUAUGUUCGCAGAGAUUAUUAAAACAAAAAAAAAGCAGUUAAUGCAGGGAACUCCCUGUGCUUCCACGGUCUUCUAACCUCUUGUUCCACAAUC